UUAAGAUAAUAUUUAAGUCCUUUUGCAAAUUAUAUUUCUUCGUUCUUCCACUUAUCGAAGAAGUCUGUCUUACCUAUUUUAUGUCGACAAGAGUGUUUCGUCUUUCAUUCUUUCCAUAUACUUCCUAGAAUAGGAGAGAUAAUUAUUCAACCCAGUAACAAAUACAUUCCUCUACUUGAACAUUCGCAGCGCAGUAUGCCCGAGACGCCACGAGAGGAAGCGACCGAAAAGUUACAAGGCCCCAACGCCAACCAGAGCCAGCUCGGUGCCGCCGCGGGACCUUCGCAAUCGCAUUUGCACGAUUCCAAACGGGACGGCAACGGUAGCAAGGGUGAUAAGACUGGACGUGGAGAGACGCUGAGGGAGAAAGCAGCCAAGAAGUUCCAAGGGCCAGAUGCCAACCCAAGUCAGCUAGAUGAUCCCAUCGAUCUGAGAGCCGAGACAAGCGAUGAUACGGGCUCACGACAAAUACUCGAAGCUAUGAGAGGUAGACAAAGUUAGCUGCGCGUUGGUCCACAUCCAUCUCGUAAUGGCAUAUUGAACGUCACAUUCGAUUCCAUAGUAGACGAUAGUUGUAUAUAAUAAGCUUUGGAAUCAUUUGAAAAGAUGCAGAAAAACCUCCCGUCCGGAAGUCGUGCGAAAUGUCGGCCUACCGCAAUUUGAUUUGUCAUGAUUUCAAACGACAAAAUGAAGUUAUGUUAGCUAAACUAAACCCAACUAAAAUUGCACGUAAUAACAAUCGCAAACUGAAGAAAUAUGGCGUA